AAGAGACUGCACGCUGAAACUUAUGCGGGCCUGAAACACACUCUUGCACCUAUUCCUUCGGUUUAAGAGUACUUCUGCGUAUCUAGCACUCUUCUGAAUUGUUGUUCAUGACCCUCAUACGGUUGAUCUAUCCUCUGACAGAUACUAUUUGAGACAAACACUCCGGAACUUCUCAAAUCUUCUUAUCCUAUUCUCGCUAGCACCACAAGAUCACAAGAAGCUCUGAAGGGUAGCCUUACCUGGCAUGCCAUCCAAAAUCCAGCUGGACAUCAACCUCCGCUUUCUCUAUCUCUGCCUACAAAACUCGGACUACAGAUCCAUCGACUUCCGUGCAGUCGGCGAACAGGCCGGCCUCAACGCACCAGCGGCUCGGAUGCGAUUUUCACGACUGAAGAAGCAGAUCGAACAAGGAAGUAUGAACGAAGAUUUCAAGGCUGCGUCACAGAAGAACGCUGCCUCUCGUGCGAAGAAACCCGAGGAGAAAGGAGAAGCCGACGAUAACCCUACUCUUGACAGCGGAGCAGAAUUUCCGGUGACGAAAGUGAGUACGAGACCAGGAAAUGACAAACUCAACUUGAAAGAUUCCUUUGAUUACGGGAUUCCUCCUGAGGCAGAUAAAGAUGCCAAAUACGAAAGCGAUGGCAGUCUGUACGAAGCUGAAUGCGCCGAUAUUGAGACGGAUGAGGAUAUCCCGCUCGCUAAGAGGACGAAGACGACACGAAAGCUUGAAAAACAGAAAAUAAAGGAACGGCCCGUGACCCAACAUGUGGCCCGCGAUGAGGACUGUCAGGAACGUGCUCGUACAUCUCUCAACCUCAGGGGGGGCCAGGGCGGAGUGAAGAUAGAACUCUUGAGUGAUGAUGAAGACCAAGCACCGAGGCACAAAAAGCAUGCCCUGAAAACUCCUGGUACUCAUUCUAUCUCCGAUGGCUCUAUGCAGGCCAUCUCGAAAGGGCAACAACAUACGUCGAAUGAAGGUGCGAACGGGUCGCUUGAAAUCGGGCGGCGAAACGAGAUGGUUAGGAGCACGUCUGCAACAAUGUCAAGGACACCUUAUAUUACACAGGCAGGCGUACCUCACCAUCGACAACACAGUGAUGGAUACACUGCCCAUCCUUUUUCUCGUCCGUUCCCGAGUAGUUUCCGCCUCCAGCGAACAAACAACGAACCCCGGGGCCCGGCCACCACCUAUAGUUUUGGCCCAGAAGCUAUUGAGAAUGACCGCAUCGAUCCAAUAAUAAGACCGCCGUUUUUUAGAAGCCGCCGUGCAACGCCAGGUAUCGGUCAUAGAGGACAGCGUCCCAUAUCACAGAGAGGCAUGGCAGACCAUGCAGAGACUAUGCAGGAAGUUCAGGCUCAAUCAGAGCCUGCGGAAAUCGGUCGCGAAGAGACAACUGCAGAUCAGACUGCUGCUGGAUGCAACACGUCUGAGACAGACCAAUUGGCAACUAGAGCUUCUACCGAAUCUCAGGAACCAAGUCAGAAAACCCGACCUCAGAUGCCGCAAACCGUCAUCGACCUUGAAGGUGAUCUGGAGUAAUAUCUAGCAACUUCUGGAUCUGUCUAUUGUGCUUACCCUGUGUCUUUCAUUUCAUUAAUAACCGGGUGUCUGAUGUGAACAUCAGUAUGUGUAGUAAAUGAUAGAGUCAUAGACGAUUCGAGAGUAACUCCAGUGACUCCGUUAACUCCGUUGGUUAAUUGAUAUGAUGCCCCUCCAUAGUAAUGUAUAGCACACGAUGGAAAGGUCACCGGGUUGAACUAGCGUCAGAUAUACACCGGCUUCACCGAUAACCUUCUGACAUAUAAGGCUGUGAAUUAGCGAUAGGCUAUGACGACGUAGGACAAAUUUGACAGCAGUUUAGU